CACGAAGCGAGAGAGCGUCUGUUCUAGGGGAGGACUCAGGCUCAGACUGCACAAGACCUGCAUCUGAGAAGCCUUCAAUAUAUUAAGAAACAUCGAAUGCGGCCUCUGAUUUCAUUUCAGACCCUUCCUUACUCUCAUCACCUUCAUUGCAGCAUCUCACUUUCUUCCCUAUCAACCCCUUCACCUUUACCUAUGUUCAUUUCUUUUUUGACUUACUCUCUCAACCUCGUCUUCUUCUCUCUCCCUGCUUAGAUUAGUAUCCCAUACUAGCUUUCUGCCCUUGGGGUUUUUGAUUUUAGCCUCUUGCUCUUCCAUGGCUGUGUCUUCUAUGGCUUCUCCUCUUUGCACUUGGCUGGUGGCUGCUUGCAUGUCGCUCGACUGCGAGAGUGACCGUUCCAGAAGCCCAUAUCCGCUCCAGUGUUCGAGGAAAAUGAGCAGCUGCGCUCGUCGGAGGAAACUCGUGUCUAAAUAUGCCAGUGGAAGGUCCGAAUUCAACAGGGGCGCAAUUUCGUCUUUUUAUGGAUCCAGCAUUCAAGGUCUAAUGAGCUCGUGUCUCGCCUUUGAACCCUGCGAUGAGUACAACAGCUCCAAAAGUCUUUCUUCUUUGGGGUUCUUUGGUGACAAUGGGUUCUCCUUACUGUUCGGAUCGAAGACUUGUUAUGUCAAUCGCAGGCAGAGGCGUGUGAAUCGAGCGGCCCAAUCCGCAAUGGCUGUAGCUGUGCAACCUGCCCAAGAGAUUACAACAAUGAAAAAACGUUCUAUGAAGCAAAGACGAGUAGUCGUGACUGGAAUGGGUGUGGUUACGCCACUUGGGCAUGAUCCUGAAACCUUUUAUAAUAAUUUACUUGAUGGUGUUAGUGGCAUAAGUGACAUUGAGACUUUUGACUGUGCUGAAUAUCCAACGAGGAUUGCUGGUGAGAUAAAGUCUUUCUCAAGUGAAGGCUGGGUAGCACCUAAACUUUCAAAGAGGAUGGAUAAAUUUAUGCUUUAUUUACUAACAGCUGGAAAAAAGGCCCUGGUUGAUGGUGGGAUUACUGACGAUGUAAUGGAUGAGUUAAAUAAAGAAAAAUGUGGAGUUUUGAUUGGCUCAGCUAUGGGUGGCAUGAAGGUCUUUAAUGAUGCUAUUGAGGCUUUACGAGUCUCGUAUAAGAAGAUGAAUCCUUUUUGUGUACCUUUUGCUACUACAAAUAUGGGUUCCGCCAUGCUUGCGAUGGAUCUGGGAUGGAUGGGCCCCAAUUAUUCAAUCUCUACAGCUUGUGCCACAAGCAACUUUUGCAUAUUGAAUGCAGCAAACCAUAUUAUUAGAGGGGAAGCUGACGUGAUGCUUUGUGGUGGUUCUGAUGCUGCUAUUAUACCUAUUGGUUUGGGAGGCUUUGUGGCAUGCAGAGCACUUUCACAGAGGAAUAGUGAUCCUGCCAAGGCUUCACGGCCUUGGGAUACUAAUCGUGAUGGAUUUGUCAUGGGGGAAGGUGCAGGUGUUUUGCUUUUAGAAGAACUGGAGCAUGCCAAGAAAAGAGGUGCAAACAUAUAUGCAGAGUUUCUUGGUGGAAGCUUCACAUGUGACGCUUAUCAUGUGACUGAGCCUCGUCCCGAUGGAGUUGGCGUUAUACUCUGCAUUGAAAAGGCAUUAGCUCAGUCUGGAGUAUCUAAGGAGGAUGUGAACUACAUAAACGCACAUGCCACAUCCACGCCAGCUGGAGAUCUUAAGGAGUACCAGGCUCUUGUUCAUUGUUUUGGCCAAAAUCCUGAGCUCAAGGUGAAUUCUACAAAAUCUAUGAUCGGUCACUUACUAGGGGCAGCUGGAGGUGUGGAAGCUGUGGCAACAGUACAGGCCAUACGAAGUGGGUGGGUUCAUCCAAAUAUUAACCUUGAUGACCCAGAUGCAGGAGUGGACCCGAGAGUUCUUGUGGGCCCAAAGAAAGAGAGAUUGGAUGUCAAGGCUGCCUUGUCCAAUUCAUUUGGUUUUGGAGGCCACAACUCUUCGAUCAUAUUUGCCCCCUAUAAGUGAAAACACUUAUCAUGGCCUCCCGUCCUGUAAUUAGGAAAAAGAUGUUGAGUAGCCGGACGUUCCUAGUCUGCUCCUUGGUCAGGUGAAAUGUAUGUCGUGUGGAUUGCAUUAUUUGAGGGGACGGUGCCUAGGUAGUAGAAUCUGAACGUCCAAAGACUUGUUGGGUGAGAUGGAGUAGAGUCUAUCCACAACUGGAACCCUAUCCACCAUGAAUGGCUAGUGUAGGAGAUGACCCACUUUGAUGUAACUCUUAAACAACCUCAUUUGGUGGGGGUAUGAACUUAUGUUUUAUUCACCUUGUACAACUAGAUAUGAACACAGCCAAUUCGUAAUUUUUUUUUUUUUUGAGAUGCCUCCUAAAUUAGGUUACACAUUUCACUAAGGUGAUUUCCAAUUUUAUGAGGAUAUUAUCUUGGCUGUACUUUUUAGCCAUAACCCCAAAAAAAAAAAUCUAAUAAUGAAAGGCGAAAAAAAUCCCUCGUGUUUUCAAUCUUUCA